UUGAAUAAAUACAGUAUAUACAAAUACUAAAAGUGGUACAUCUUUAGUGUUGAAUUCUCUGUCCAUCUAUGAUGUGGGCUGUUUUGAAAUAAGCAGACAGGAACAAAUUAAUAAACAUGUCUUGGAAUUCCGGAAAACUUAGUUGGUCCGAGGUCCGUGACUUGUUUCGGAAGUGGAGGGAAGAGAAUGAGAGGAACAGUCGUGAGAUAGUUGAUUUGUGGGAAACUGUUCUGAUGAAGAAAGUUCAUAAACUAGGUGACGAAAGGUUGCUGGUCCUUGAGCAGGUCUGUGUUGCAGCCUUGGACUGUAACAGACUGGAUGUCGCAGACAGAUGUGUGCACACACUUUCUACAGAAUUUCCUACUAGCUUACGAGUCCGACGUCUUAGAGUUCUUCAGUUGGAAGCAAUGGAACGGUAUGAUGAAGCACUAGAGUUGUUGGAUUCAAUAAUCAAAAGAGAUGAAACUAAUGCAGCACCUCGAAAAAGGCGUGUAGCAAUUUUUAAAGCAAGGGGCAAAAUUCCAGAAGCUAUUAAAGAGUUGACAGACUACCUGAAAAAGUUUAUGAGUGACCAAGAAGGCUGGCAAGAACUUUGUGAGCUCUACCUAAUGGAACAAGAUUUAGCUCGUGCGGCUUUCUGUAUGGAAGAAUUGUUACUGCACAAUCCACAUUCUCAUUUAAUACAUCAGCGUUAUGCUGAAAUAAAGUAUACACAGGGAGGAUUUGAAAACAUGGAACUUGCUCGUGCACAUUACUGUGAAGCCAUCAAGUUGAAUCCAAAUAACAUGAGAGCUUUGUAUGGAUUAUUUUUGGCAGCAACCAACAUAGGUUUGUCACCUAAAUGCACAUCAACAAAGAAGAAGGAAGCACAGAAAUUAGCAAAGUGGGCUCUCCAUGAAAUUGCUCUCAGGUAUGAGAGGCAGAGUAGGAAUAAAAAACAGGUUGCAUCCCUGGAAUCCCUUGUUAGUUCAUUGCAAAUUUCUGGAACAUCAUAAAAUUUGAAAGUUCAGUGCUUUACUUUUACUUAAGUUUAUUGUUGUAAGGUCUAUAGUAUUUUAAAAAUGGCGUCUUUACACACUGUUAUUUGUGAACUUUGAAAUUGUUAAUAAAUGUGUAUAAUUUAUUUUAAGUUAAUAGUGAAUGAUUCAUUGUAUAUGCAGUGAUGGAAACUAUAAACUAUGUUGCAGUUGUGGAAUCUUGAUCUUUGGCAAAAUUAAAAUCAUUUUGUAUUAUUAUGUGCUGCAGUGCUCUUGUAAUCUCGGAAGCUAUAUACUGAGCUACUACCAUUUGUCAUUUGAGUAAUAGUUUCCAUAGUUCUUAUUGUUUAUGUGAGUAUCUUUGAUGAUUCAAUUAGUUUACACUGUUUAAUUGUAGUUUGUGGAAAUGCCCUGCCAUCACAAAUGCAGUUUCUCUAUUGUAAUUGACUGAAGGAAUCAUUGAUAGUCUCAAAUGUGUAAUUUAGUAAAUAUACAGUUCUUUGACUUUCUCUUA